AUGGCUGUACACUCAGCUGAAUCUCGGCUGCUGGUCAUCAUGACCGGCGGCACUAUCUGCAUGAGACCAAGCCCCGAAGGAUUAGUUCCUGCCAAAGGCUUCCUCGAUGCUGGCAUGGCGCCGAGACCGUCUUUCAAUGAUGGCAGCGAGCCCGUUGAGAUUAGUGCAUACUCAGAGACAGGAGCUUCUGUUGCACUCUCGACUCUGCGAACACCACAAAGUCGUUAUGAGCGACAUGUCCGCUACGCAGUACUCGAAUUCAAACAACUCCUGGACAGUAGCUCAAUCGACGCCAAGGGCUGGAGUCAGAUCGCCAAGACCAUCGGCCUGAACUACGCGGCUUUCGAUGGCUUCGUUGUCUUGCAUGGUACUGACAGUCUGGCCUACACCGCGUCAGCCCUGAGUUUCAUGCUGGAAGACCUCGCAAAGCCGGUCAUCUUCACAGGCUCGCAAGCACCAAUCUUCGAGCUACAGACAGAUGCUACAGAUAAUCUCCUGGACUCUUUAAUCAUCGCAGGCCAUUUCUGGAUCCCAGAAGUCUGCAUUUGCUUCCAGCAUAAGCUUUUUCGUGGCAACCGCUGCACCAAGAUCUCGGCGAAUCACUUCGAUGCUUUCGCCUCUCCUAAUCUCGCACCCCUGGCCACUGUCACAUCCUCACAGAUCAACGUCGACUGGACUGUCAUCCGUCAACGACCUUCUAACCAUGGCAAAACUGAUUCAUCCACCCAUCUCAAAGUUCGCCCAGAUCUAGACACCACUCAUGUGGCCUCCCUACGAAUCUUCCCAGGCAUACUACCAGCAAUGAUCGACGCCGUACUCCGCCUCCCAACGCUUCGAGGCCUCGUCCUCGAAACCUUCGGCGCAGGCAAUGCCCCUUCAGGUCAGGACAAUGCACUCAUAACCAUCUUCACCGAAGCUGUCGAACGCGGGAUCGUGAUCGUGAACGUCACGCAGUGUCUGACUGGUAGUGUGAGUCCGACCUACGCCCCUGCUAUGGUUCUCGGCCGAGCUGGGAUCGUGCCGGGAUUUGAUUUGACGACCGAGGCGGCGUUGACGAAGUUGUCUUUCUUGCUCGCUGUGCAUGGGGAGGAUGUGGAGGGGGCGAAGCGGGGGAUGGCGUUGGAUUUAAGGGGGGAGUUGAGUGUAGGUGGGGCUGUGGAAUUUGGAGCUCAGAGUCCGGUUUUGAUGAAGAAGUUGUCAUUGGGCCAGUGA